UAUAAGCAAAAGAGCGCAGUUCACGAGUAUGGAUUGAAAACAACACUACCUUCACUGCGCACCCUAAGCCGCUUCCACCUCCCCUAACUCUCUACUUCAUGUCUUCUUUCUUCCCCAAACCACUUUCACUUCCUCUCCCACUCUUCAACCCUUUCAAUUAGGGUUUUUCCUUUUCUCUCCAACUCUUCAACCACUCUCGAUACUGUUGUUCUUCGUUUUACUGGAGCGGUUUUCGUUUUUCUCCCAUGGCACCUACUCGAAAAAAGGGCGCCAAGAAAUCACUCGCCGCAGCUGCUGCUUCCCGGGUAUGGAAAAACGGCGAUCUCGUAAUGGCUAAAGUGAAAGGAUUCCCUGCUUGGCCUGCUACGGUAAGUGAGCCGAACAAAUGGGGUUACUCAGCUGAUCGGAAGAAAGUAUUUGUUCUCUUCUUUGGAACCGAUCAAAUUGCUUUCUGCAAUCCUGCUGAUAUUGAGGCAUUUACUGAAGAGAAGAAACAGUCUCUUGGCAAACGUCAAGGAAGGGGUGCUGAUUUUGUUCGUGCAUUAAAUGAGAUUAUUGAAUGUUACGAUAAGUUAGAGAGAGGGACUCAAGUUGAUGAAACUAGCUCUGGUGGUGAAGUUGCUAAUGCAAAUGUGGGAAAUCCACUUGACCCAUCUUCCAACUCAGGGUUCAAAGAUCAGUUGAAUACUCCUUGGGCGAUUAAUUCACAAAUGAAAUUAUCAAAUUCUCUGACUGGCAGACGUGAGCAAGUUUAUGCAGCUGAGGAUGGCUCAUUUGGUGUACCGAGGAAUGGAACUUAUAUUAAACAGGCUACAGGUGACGCUGUUGCAACUGGACGUGUAAAAUCUUUUUUGCCAGUGAAGCAAGAAAAUGAACCAGUUCAAAGGUCCAGAAGCUCAUCAAAGAUCCAAAACACUGCUCUACAUCGUAGUGAUGGUCGAAAUAAUGGUGGCAAUAAUGAUGGCAACAUAUCAGCUGAUACAAUUCAGAACAAAUUUAUUAGAAGAAGGAUUAGGCAUAUCAAGAAAUCACCUGAUCUUUUUGGGUGCAAUGAUACUGAUUCCUCUGCAUUUGCCUCAAAUGUUAGCAUGGUGGAAAAUGGUUCUGAAAUGGUUACAAACAAUUCUGAUGCCUGUAGCUUAAAUGUGGGAAGUGCCAAUUCUGAUUUAAAACUUGAACAAUCUGAGAUUAUUGAGGGCUCUAAAUAUGAAGUUGAGUUAAAGAAAGUCCUUGGUCGUGACAUGAAGGCUGUAGUUGGCAAGAGGAAAAGAAAACCCAACAGGACAAGGAAAACCAAUAAUGCUUGUGUUCAGAAUGCCAAUCAAAGUUUGCAGAAUACGUCUGAAAAUCCGAAAGAGAUAUGCUCUUACCCGGAUGGAGAUGAACACUUACCCCCGUCGAAACGAGCCAGAGUUAGAAUGAUUAGCUCAUCAUCCACAGGGGAAGAACACAAUAAAAUUGCACAAGUACAGGAGAAAAGUAUUGUUAUUGUUGCUUCACCAUUGCGGAUAAUCACAUCGUCAAAUAGUGAAAAUGGCUGCCUUGCUGAUGGAGACUCAUUGGCAUGGAGUAAGGAUUUGGCUAGUGUUUCUCCUAAAUUAUUAACUUCCUGUUCCGAAAAUGGGUCACAGACUUCUGAAGUUAAGAAAGACCAAUUACUUGGCUUCUCUAUGGAUGAUGAAUCUGCUUUACCUCCAUCUAAACGCAUCCAUCGUGCAUUAAAAGCAAUGUCUUCCUAUGCCGCUGCCGCUGCCGAAGGAACUUGUAUUGAAUCACCACCCUCUAAAAUGCCUUCAAGUGGUAAAUGUUGUAUGUCUGCUGCAAUCAAGAGAUGUUCUUGUAUGAUUAUUGAUAACCAAGGAGGUAAUGAUUUAGAACCGAAAGGCUUGGACUCUUGUGGCACUGAUUGUUCCAAUAACCGAGUGUGUAGUUUUUCAACCUGUUCAAAUCCAAUGAGUUUAAUAGAGGACAAGUCAUCUACUGAAGAGGAGGAACAGUUGACCAAUUCACAAAAACAUGAGUCUAGCAAGGAUAUCAUCCCAGCCCCAGGUGCUGGGCUCCAAAUCGGUGAAGAUCUUAGUGAUUCUAUGGCCUGUGCACCUGCUAAUAUAGAUUCACAAGUUGUAAUACAUGAAGAAAUCUCUCCUAAUGUUGAUAUGAAAUGUUGUCAAGUUGGAAGCAAUCAAGAUUCAUCAGGUCCGUCAUUACCACCAAGUGAGAAUGAAAGUAUCAGACACUUGAUCCCUUCAAAUGCAUCUGAUACAUUUGAUCAUGGUGGAAUAAAUCUUGAUCCUGUGACGGGUCCCAAUGAAAGUGGCAAAUCGUGUCCCAACGAAAGUGGCAAAUUGUUGCCUCAAAAUAGUAUCGCCAUGCCUCAGAAUAUGGUGAUGGUUUGUGAGGAUAUGAAGCAAGCAUCUGGCGACAGCAGUAAAAUCAAUGAAAAGCACGAGGUUGUGAAAGAAGUAAAAUUUAAAAAACAGGAGGGGGAUAUGAUUUCUCUAUCAAUAUCUGAUUGUUCAAGGGAAAACAGUGUUUUGGGCAUUCGAGCUAGCUCAUCCUUGCCUGAUGGGGGAGUUUGCCUUCCACAAGGUUCACCUCCAAAUACCUCAGUUCGCAAUGUUUCUACAUCAGAUAGUAGUAAUAUUCAUCAAAAUGGAAGCUGUAGUCCCGAUGGACUCCAGAAGAGUAUUUUAUCUGGUUCUAUUGAUGGAUGGAAAGUUGGGGCUGUGGCAAAUCAACGAUCGAGAUCUAUAGACAAAUCAACUGAAGCAGGACACGCGGCUUUGUUAUAUUUUGAAGCAGUGCUUGUGACCUUGAAAAGGACAAAGGAAAGUAUUGGUCGAGCAACACGCAUUGCUAUUGAUUGUGCAAAGUUUGGCAUUGCAACAAAGGUGGUGGAAAGUCUUGUCCACAGUCUGGAAAAUGAGCCAAGCCUUCGGCGGAGAGUGGAUCUGUUUUUCCUUGUUGACUCUAUUGCUCAAUAUUCUCGAGGUUUGAAAGACGAUGUUGGUGGAGUAUAUCCAGCUGCUAUGCAAGCAGUCUUGCCACGGCUAUUGUAUGCUGUUGCCCCUCUUGGAAAUACUGCACCUGAAAAUCGUAGGCAGUGUCUUAAGGUGUUAAGACUCUGGUUGGAGAGAAGAAUCCUACCAGAAUCCAUUAUUCGCUAUCACAUCCGGGAACUAAACUCAUAUAGCAGGUCAGCUUAUGCAGGGGUUUAUUCACGCCGUUCAUUGAGAACAGAAAGGUCUUUAGAUGAUCCUAUUAGAGAUAUGGAGGGUAUGCAUGUUGAUGAAUAUGGAAGCAACUCGAGUUUUCAGGUAUCUGGAUUUCGCAUGCCCUGUAUGCUUGAAGAAGGAGGGAGUGAUUCUGAUGGAGGGAACUUGGAGGCAACCGCGACUACGCAUGAUUCUGAAACAUAUGAAGUACAAGAAGUGUCUGAUGCAUUUGAAAAACAUAGGCGUGUGCUGGAAGAUGUUGCCGGCGAGCUUGAAAUGGAAGAUGUGACACCCUCUUUUGGUGUGGAAUUGAAUUCGAUUUGUAAUAUCGAUGGAAGAACGGCAUCACAGCUUGAUCAGAAACCUCCUCUGUCCUUUGCUCCUUGUUUAACCCAAGAUGUGCCAUCAUCUUCCCCAGCUCCACCAUCAUUUGCUCCACCACCACCACCACCACCACCACCAUCUUCUCCACCUCCACCUCCACCUCCACCGCCCCCACCAACACUGCAUCUCAUGUCAGCUACAUCUGAUCAAUACGGCACUUCAGUUGAUUCAAAACCUUUUACAGAUUCACAGGGAGUGCAUGGCAAAACAUUUAAUUCUGUGGCUCAUCCCUUAGAUGCCCCAAGAAAUAGUCGACCUAUGGAUGCAACACAGUCUCAAAUUCCCGAGUGUAGAGACGUGCAAAUGCAGAUACCAGAGUCUCCUUGCUCUUUCAACACUCACCCUGUACGACCACCAGAAAAUUCCAGGAGUGCUGACGGUUUUACUAUGCACAAUGAAGGUUACAUACUACGACCACCACACCGUGUGCCAUCGGAUCAGUUUUCUUUCAUUCAUGCGGAAAAUCGUCCAAGGCCUCAGAGGGAGGUUCCACCACCCCCUUCAUACUCCAAUAGACAACACUUUAUGCAGAACACAAGGAGGGAGAACUUCUAUAACACUCACGAGAGAGAUGGAAUGAGAUACAAUACUCGUGCACUGCAUGAAGAGAGAUACAAUACCCGUGCACUACAUGAAGAGAGAUGGAAUACUAGGACAGCACGUGAAGAGAGGUGGAAUACUCGGGCACCGCGUGAAGAGAGGUGGAAUACUCGGGUACCCCAUGAAGAGAGAUGGGGUUUUCGGACACCAUAUGAAGAGAGAUGGAAUACUCGGUCGCCAUAUUCUGAUGUGCCUUCCCCUUAUGAUUACCAUCCAAGUGCAUCGACUAGAUCAGCAGGUCAUGGUUGGAGAUUAACUCACCUGCCAAUGAGUUACAGAGGCUCCCUGCCCUUUAGGUCACCCUUCCAUGAUGCAAUUCCAGUAGUUCACCGAGGCCCAAGCUUUUGGCGGCCUAGGAGAACUGACGUUAACCGACAAUGAAGGCUGCCAUACUUCUGUCUGUCCGCAACUCUCUUUCGUUAUUCUUCAACAAUUAGUAUUGUUGCUUUCACUCGGUGAAUGUUAGAUAUGACUCACUUUUUACGUGGGCCUUAUCUUCUUCACGCGAGGUAGUUUAUGUUCCAUGUACAGGAAAGAAAGAAUAUUUGGACAGAUAGCUGAAUCUGAACAGAUGUGGUCAUGAUAUGCUAGAUCUGUAUAUAAUUAUUGCAGCAUCUUCUGCAGGAUACAAAGCCAGGGAGAAUCAUUGUAAAGUGGUCGGAAAGCUGUAACAUCAUGUAUCAAAAUUUUUGUCGCCAACUAUAUGAUUUAUUUCAUGGAAGCCCUUAUAGGUGUUAGACCAGAAUUCAUAAAAAAUAUCGGGGCUGAUUUUUUAGAAA